GGAGGCACUUGGCAAGAUGCAGGCACUCAUUGAGCGACGCUCACAAAUCAGCAUUCUCUCUCAGAGACCGUGUGUGAUCUCUCUCCUAUCAGCCGCGCUGGUGAUUAUAUUGGUGACGGCUCUGUCUGUGGCUUUAACAGAAAAUGCAGAUAUAGAGCCAAUCAGCGUCACCACUGGGCGCUACGUAGUGAUGAAGAUGAUGGAGGACGUGAUACUGAGCUGCAGUUUUACCCAUGAAGAAUCGCAGGACUAUGAGAUUGUGUGGGAGAAGGUGGGCGCGACUGGGGUGGUGCAUAGGUACCAGAAUGGGAACAAUGACCUGACCAAUCAGGACCCAGCCUUCAGGGGCCGCACCUCCCUCUUCCUCAGCCAGGUGAGGGCAGGUAAUGCCUCCCUAAAGCUCAGCCAGGCGCAACUGUCUGACAGCGGCACCUAUAGGUGCAUCAUCUCCAACUCCAGGGGCAACGGGAUGGGCACACUGAUACUCAAGGUGGGAGGAUACAGUGACGUGACUGUCACCCAAAUCCCAAGUGAGCGCCUACGGUGUGAGUCUCCCAACUGGUACCCGUUACCCAGGGUCUCCUGGGGGGCUUCCUUCGGGCCCCCCCUCCAGGACUUUACCAACACCAGUUACCAACCCACACACGGCCGUAUGGUGAAUGUGAGCACAGAGCUGCGUGAGGCCCAACAGAACAUCUGGUACCGCUGUGAGAUACGGACCGGCCUGGCGGUGGCGACGGCGAGAGCCAUUAUCAUCGGUACCGGCAUCCGAACUGAGAGCUCACUGCAGGUUUUAAUUCCCGACCCUCCGUGCUCUGGGGCUUCAUGCUCAGCACCUCUAGUUUGUCUCUGUGCCCUCCUCCUGUGUGUGUGGGGUCUCACAGCCGCUAGGUAACCAGGGCAAGUGCCACCCUUGGCUGGGUUCCCUGGGAAACUCCUCUGGCUCAGCCUGGGCCCAGUACCAGUACCAGUACCGCUUAUCCUGCCACCAUGGGAGACACUGAUUGCCGCUGGGACCAUUUACAAUUUAUGGGUGUUAGCUCUUCAGCCCAGACUCUCUCUCUGCCAGUCACAGUCUGGGCCCCAGGGCCCCUCUCUCCUUAAUGUUCCCUGCGGCUCUUUCUCUGCCUCCUUCUCUCCUUUCUGGGAAUCUCCCCCCAUAUUUGCCCCAGCGCCGGGUUCAUUACCGGAACUCAAACCCACUGGACUGAGAUUACAGAAGAAUUACCUGCCCCCCCCCCCCCCAGGGGGCAAUUCCUAUUAUACAAGUCCUGUGACCUGCAUGGGCCGAAUGCAAUGGGAAUGGACCUGUAUUCUCAUCUGAACCAGCAAAUGUACCUGGUUCUACUCAUAGGCCCACUGGGACCUCAGGAAAAUAUUAAUAUGUGACCCCAACAGGCCACCGUAAGUAAGUAAGGGCUUAUUUACUACAAAUAUAUAGCAAGGAAGGAUCUGUGCAGAGCCGGCAGGUAGGUGUCACUGUAGAAUGAGGUGUCUCUGUGGGCAUCUGCCCAAGUACCACCUGUACCUGCCCUGAUGGCACUGAUCACCAUGGCAGGGGUCUGUUUAUUCAGCUCAUGGAUAUUACUCUGCUCUGAGUCUUCUCUACAGUUAUUUCUAUAUACAGUAUGGAAACCUUAUCAUUCUUAUUAUAAACCCCAUCUCCUUAUCUAUCUACUGGGAGUGGCAGCUAAAUAUCUGCCCUGCCUGUGCCCACCUGCCUGUGCCCCACCUGCCUGUGCCCCACCUGCCUGUGCCCACCUGUCUGUGCCCCAUGUUCCUUACGGUACCAUUACUGUAUUUUCCUUCCGUUACCUAUCUGAGGGGCAGGGUAUAUAUAUAUACUGUACAUAAACAU